AUGGGAAAUCGAACGGGACGUCGUGCACAACCUGGUCUUGGUAUGUACGGUGCACCAUAUGAUCCAUACUAUGGAAUUGGUACUUAUGGAGGUGCUUAUGGUCCAUAUCCACAUACUUAUGGGGGUUAUUCUACUGGUGGAUAUCUAACAACAACAACUAUGCUUCCUAGGGGUGGUUCUUGUCUUCCUCCUAAAGUUCGUGUCAUCUUCGUUCCUCAAGGCGGUGCUCCUGUCGCUCAACCAAUAUGUCCACCAAUGCCAAUGCCAAUGCCAAUGCCUGCACCGAUGCCAAUGCCAAUGCCAAUGGCUCCACCAAUAUGUCCACCAAUGCCAAUGCCUGCACCGAUGCCAAUGCCAAUGCCAAUGCCAAUGCCAAUGCCAAUGCCAAUGCCUGCACCGAUGCCAAUGCCAAUGCCGAUGGCUCCACCAAUAUGUCCACCAAUGCCAAUGUCAAUGCCAAUGCCUGCACCGAUGCAAAUGCCAAUGCCAAUGUCUGCACCAAUGCCAAUGCCAAUGCCAAUGCCAAUGUCUGCACCAAUGCAAAUGCCAAUGCAAAUGCCAAUGCAAAUGCCAAUGCAAAU